ACCACCACUACAAUUCUAGGGUUUUUAAGGAUUAGGGUUUCAUAUUAAGCUCUCUCUCACUCUCCCUCUCUCUAGAAACCCUAAUCACCCCUCACUCUAUCCAACCAUGGCUGUCGGGAAGAACAAGAGGAUAUCAAAGGGAAAGAAGGGAGGCAAAAAGAAAGCAGCUGAUCCUUUUGCAAAGAAGGAUUGGUAUGAUAUCAAGGCACCUUCAGUGUUCAAUGAGAGGAACAUUGGCAAAACUCUUGUUACUAGAACUCAGGGCACAAAGAUUGCUUCUGAAGGACUUAAGCAUAGAGUGUUUGAGGUUUCUUUGGCUGACCUUCAAAAGGAUGAAGAUCAAGCUUACAGGAAGAUCCGACUUAGAGCUGAGGAUGUGCAAGGGAGGAAUGUUCUCACAAACUUCUGGGGAAUGGACUUCACCACAGACAAGCUGCGAUCUUUGGUGCGCAAGUGGCAGACUUUGAUUGAAUCUCAUGUUGAUGUUAAGACUACUGACAAUUACAGCUUGAGGUUGUUCUGCAUUGCUUUUACCAAGAGACGUGCAAACCAGGUCAAGCGAACCUGUUAUGCACAGUCCAGCCAGAUCCGUCAGAUUCGCCGGAAAAUGAGGGAAAUUAUGGUUAACCAGGCCUCAUCCUGUGAUUUGAAAGAACUUGUUGCAAAGUUCAUCCCUGAGGUGAUUGGCAGAGAGAUUGAGAAGGCUACCUCAAGCAUCUAUCCCCUACAGAAUGUUUUCAUUCGUAAAGUCAAGAUCCUUAAGGCUCCCAAGUUUGAUCUUGGCAAGUUGAUGGAGGUUCAUGGUGACUAUUCAGAGGAUGUUGGUGUGAAGUUGGAGAGGCCAGCUGAUGAGACAAUGGCAGAGGGGGAAACCGAGGUUGUUGGAGCCUGAAGAGAGCUUUGUUUUUUAUCAGUAUAGUGAUACUUCCAUUCUUAGCUUGGUUAAGUAGACAGCAUCUGGAAGUUUUGCCCUUAUAUUACAUUAUUAUGAUUGAUGUGAAGAACUAGCUUGGUGCCUUAGCUUACAAAGUUUUUAUUUAGCAUUUUUUUUAAUGAUUUUAACAAGAUGAGAGCGUUUUGUUCUUAUAUUAUUCUUAAUAACAUUGAAACCCCAUUGCAUUA